UCGAGAGACGGGCCGACGGUGAAGUCUCUAAGCUUUGUUUCUACCUGCUUUCGGAUUUCACAUGAAAAGUUUAUGGAAUUCAGGUAUUAGCAUACUUUCCGGUACCUGCCAAUGUACCCUGUAUGCAGGAAUAUCCACGCCUCAACGUCAUUUUUCGAUUAGUCAAUUUUCAUGUUUACUCACGGUGCAUAUCGUAUUCUUCUGCACGUUCUCUUCAUCCAAAAUUUCCAAAUUAAUUGGCAUGGAAUGCUGUCCUCCUCAUGCACCAUGCGUAUUAGUUGCCUCCGAUGCUGUGGGCAAUUCUGCUAUGGCUCAUGUCGGCAAAUUUUUCCGGAAUGUUUGCAUAUUGAGGCCGAUAUCAUCAUAGCUUAUAGAUUUAUAUAAGUACACACAACAUCUCUUCAUCUCUACAUCAUUCUCCAAACAGAAGACAAUAAACACACAUUCCUUCACAUUCAUUCAUUCAUAAUGCAUUCCAAAACUUUCCUGCUCACUUCUUUUGCAGCUGGUGGACUUCUUCCAGCAGUUCUUGCAGCUCCUGCGCCUAGACCUCAGAUGAAUUAUGCCGAGCAAUCAGCAGCUAUAGCUGGUGUAUCUGCACCAAUACCUACUGUUACUGCCGCCUCCGGAUCGCUUUAUGGACAUAAAUCACUUCUGGGUGAAUCCGGGAAGUCAUCUUCUCUGUCUAAAGCGGAUUCCGCCAUCAUGCCAGAUACCCCACUUGUCAUUGGUCAGGAAGCAGAUUCAAACCUAGGUUUGUUUCUGGAUUUCAACAGUGUUCCGAAUCCUCAGCCUAUUAGAGGGUCGGCAGGCGAGACUGACCCUGGGCCACGUAAGUUUGGAAUAAAUGUCACCGAAGAAAUUCAAAUCUAACAUUAUCAUAGAAACAUAUGAGUACCAGAAGUUGAACCCAGAUCUUCUCGCUCCACCAGGAACAGACAGUGGAGAUUUCCCACAAGCACAAUGGCCAAUGGGAAUGUCCCACAACAGAUUGGGCGUUGGCAAGAAAUCGGGAUGGGCAAGACAACAAAACACUGGUCAAAUGCCUAUAGCUACUCAGAUGGCUGGUGUAGACAUGCGUCUUGCACCAGGAGCAUACCGAGAGUUACAUUGGCACACAGCAAAUGAAUGGUCAUUAGUGCUAAAAGGAAGUGUCCGAAUCUCUGCUGUUAAUGAGAAAGGUGAAAGCUUCAUCGACGAUAUUAGCGCAGGCGAUGUAUGGUUCUUCCCAGCUGGUGUUCCUCACUCUAUUCAAGCGCUGGAUGAGGGCUGUGAGUUUUUGUUGAUUUUCGACGAUGGAGAUUUCUCAGAAGAUGGCACUUGUAAGCAUUUUUUUCAUUUCAUUUCAUACUACUCGGUAGUUUUGAUUCUUCAUAUCCCUCCACACUAUUUUUGACACACAACUAACUUCCAACCCUAGUCCUCGUAUCCGAGAUGUUUCUUCGAAACCCUAAAUCAGUCCUCUCCAAGAACUUCCAAACCCCUGUUUCCUCCUUCGACAAACUUCCAUCCGAUCAACUAUACAUCUUCAACGGCACUCCCGCCCCAGCCAACAUCUCCACGCAAAAUCAGACCAGCAACGCAGGUCCCCUCCCUCAGAAAGAUUCCUACACCUACCACUUCUCCCAACAAGAACCCUAUACCGUCCCAGGCGGAUCCGUAAAAGUCAUCGACACAACCACCUUCCCCAUCGCCGCCAACUUCGCCGCCGCCCUCGUCACCAUCCAGCCCGGCGCCAUGCGCGAACUCCACUGGCAUCUCACAUCCGACGAAUGGAAUUACUUCCUCUCGGGCUCCGCUCGCAUCACCAUCUACUCCGCUCCUAGCAGCAGUCGCACUUUCGACUACACGGCUGGAGACGUCGGAUACAUCCCCGCCAGUAACUCGCACUAUGUUGAGAAUACGGGCACGGAAGAUGUGGUCUUUUUGGAGGUGUUGCAACAACCGGUUUUUAGUGAUAUCAGUGUGGCUCAAUGGUUGGCGUUGACUCCUAGACAGGUCGUUAAGGAUACCUUGGGCUUGCCGGAUGAUGUUAUUGAUUCGCUUCCGCAUGAGAAGAUGUUGAUUAAGGUUGGAAAUAGAAAUAUGACCGCCUUGGCGGCGGAUGAGAAGGGAAGUGGUGCUUAUGAGUAGAGUUUUGGGAAUGGACAUGGGUGGAUUUCUGAUAUUUGUAUGGAGGAUGUUUCAGGAUUGAUGUAUUAUUAAAGUUUCACUUCGACCUUUGGGCUCGGUUUUUAUAUCUUCUUUUCUU